UAUUUCUCUUUUGUUUUUUUCUCUCUCCCCACCACCACAUAUAGAUCAAAUUCACUUCAAUGAAGAACAAAGAUGAACCAAAGAAAUUGACACAUCAAUUCCCAAUUUGUCAAGAUCAAACAAUUCGACCCCACCUCUAAUUAACACCAUCAAUCACAAAAUAUCCCCCAUACAAAUAAUAAAUACAAUGAGACCUCGCAAUUCAAAAGACUCCCCUAUAUCAUCAUCAUCUUCUCCAUACUCCUACACUCCCAAAAACCCACCACCACCACCACCACCGCCAUCAAAAAAGCGGCGAAAACAACAACAACAACCCCUUUUCAGUCUCAUAAAACUAACACUAUCACUAUCAAUGGCGGGUCAAUCUCGAAAAUGGGUAAUUUUAGUUGCGACGAUCUGGUUACAAGCUUUUACAGGGACUAACUUUGAUUUCUCGGCGUACUCGUCGGAGAUGAAGGCGUUGCUGGGUAUAUCACAGGUGCAGCUCAACUACUUGGCGGUGGCGUCAGAUUUGGGGAAAGCGUUUGGUUGGUCUUCUGGAUUGGCUUUGAUGUAUUUGCCAUUAUGGAGUGUUAUGUUCAUUGCUUCUUUUAUGGGCUUGUUUGGUUAUGGUCUUCAAUGGUUUGUUCUUCGUGGCCUCUUUUCUCCCCCUUAUUUUGUGGUAUUUUUCCUAUGCUUAUUAUCUGGGUGCAGCAUCUGCUGGUUCAAUACUGUAUGUUUUGUCCUCUGCAUUAAAAACUUCCCAGCAAACCGAGCUCUUGCACUCUCUCUUACAGUCAGUUUCAAUGGUGUAAGUGCUGCAUUAUACACCUUAGCAGCUAACUCAAUAAACCCAUCUUCAAAUCCCCUUUACCUGCUAUUAAAUGCCCUAAUUCCCCUCUUAACUUCAUUUGCUGCCUUAAUCCCAAUCUUAAGACAACCUGAACUUGAUCCUCUCCCUUCUGUAGCUGUUCAAAGGGACUCCCUUAUUUUCUUUUUCCUUAACUUCUUAGCAGUUUGUACUGGUUUUUACCUCCUUUUCCUUACCUCAUCCACAAAUGAUAUGAUAUCUUCACGUUUUCUCUUUGGUGGGGCGACUUUCCUACUUUUCCUCCCCUUAUGCAUUCCCGGGAUUGUCUAUGCUCGAGAUUGGUUCAAAGAGGUUCAUUCUAACUUCCAAAUUGAUGGGCCGGGUUUCAUUCUUGUUGAUCAUGAUGAUUUGGAGCUCCACAAGGAAAUGUCCACUCGAGGGGGCGACUAUGCUUUAGAUGCCAUGUCUUUGCUCGGGAAUCGGAAUGCAAAUGGGGAUAGAUCUACUAAGAGCAUCCUUAAUGGCUUCACUGUACUUAAUGCAGGCAAAAAUGAUGUCUGUUGCGGUACAGUGAUCAAGAAGGAUCAAUUAGUGAUGCUUGGGGAAGAACAUUCAGCUUCAGAACUUGUUUGCAGGGUGGAUUUCUGGCUCUAUUAUAUUGCUUAUUUUUGUGGAGGAACAAUAGGGUUGGUUUAUAGUAAUAAUCUAGGUCAGAUUGCUCAGUCACUUGGGCAGAGUUCAAGCACCUCGAGUCUCAUAACUCUCUAUUCAUCUUUCUCCUUCUUUGGCCGCUUACUUUCAGCCACUCCAGAUUAUAUUCGAGCGAAGUUCUACUUUGCAAGAACAGGUUGGCUAGCAAUUGCCCUUAUCCCAACCCCAAUAGCCUUCUUCUUGCUCACAGGAUCAGGAACUGCCCUAACACUCCAAACAGGAACAGCACUAAUCGGACUCAGCUCUGGUUUCAUAUUUGCUGCAGCCGUUUCCAUAACAUCCGAACUUUUCGGACCUUCAAGUGUAGGUGUCAACCACAAUAUCCUCAUCACAAACAUCCCAAUUGGUUCCCUAGUUUAUGGUUUACUAGCUGCUGUGGUUUAUGAUUCCCAUGCCGGAAACUCAACUCAGAAAAUCUCAAUGGUUACUGAUACUGUUGUUUGUAUGGGAAGACACUGCUAUUUUUGGACCUUUUUUUGGUGGGGAUGCCUGUCAGUUGUAGGGCUCUUUUCUUGUCUGCUCUUGUUCUUGAGAACUAAGCAUGCUUAUGAUCGGUUUGAACGUGACAGAGUUUCUUCUCAACUGGAAUAGCUGGAAUUAGAGGAGGUUGAAGGUUUGGAUAUGCUCAUUUCUGUACAGAAAUAAUAUUCAUGUAACACUUUUUUUUCUUUUUUCCUCCCACUAUGAUGUUUAUGAUAUGCAUCAAGGAACCAUAAACUUAUAUUGACCUCUUACCAAAAAAAAAAUUAUAUUGAGCUACAUUUUUGCA